GCAUCCAUGAAAAAUAGUCGAUGACUUCAGACUCGUUUCAGGUGUAGAUAGCAGGACAUUCGUGACAGAAAUUGUCGACGAGUUUUUGUGCCGCCACCAUGUUGGAUACGCAGAUCAAUGUACCGCAUGGGCGGGAGGCGGGCAAGGCUGAUGAAGGACAUGAUCGGAUGGGUGGGGCCUGUUUAUACUGCGUGGCUCAGAUCCAACCCUUGGCCAAAUCGAGCACCAAAUGUAACCGUGAUUGGAAUUCGACGUCGGAUUCGAAGCUCACUGACGACGACGACGAUGAUGACGAAACGAAUUUCGUGUCCCAAGAAAUAAAAUUGCAAUCAGAGUUAACUGCGGCUCAGUAUACGAUAUCGAUGCUCAGGAAAAAGAUAGCUGAAUUGAAAAAAAGGAGUCUAAACAUGAUUCCUCUGAAGGUUCAUGAUGAAAUGAUCCAGAAGUCGGACGACCGAGCGCUUCGCGCUGAAAGAAAAGUAUCUGUCCUUGAACAGGAGGUAAAGAAACUACGAGUGCAGCUGAAAAAUCAAACUCCAGCUCCAAUCUGUACCUCGUCUGUGAUGCUCCCUAUCUCCGAAUCACCUAGCGAAGGAUAUGAAGAACCCCACCGAAGUCGCCGUGAAGAGAUAUACAAACCGCACCAUGUAAACACGAGGUUCCAAGGGGUUGGGGUUAUGCCAUCAGUAACGACGCCCUCUACGAGAGAACCCACAAAAAAAGCCAGUGACCACCCCAGGAGUAGAAAGGACCACACCAAUGACGUGGGUCGUCAUGGUACAACUGGAAAGCACACUCUUGUUCUUGCUAACGGACAUACGAACAUCCUUGGUCGCGAGCAGCCAUCACCACGGACAUUACCGACUUCAAAUUUCGCACGCGGUGUCAGUGUCAUGCCUUCGGUGGUUCCUCAGCCGGUAAUCUCAUCCGUUGCGACAGUCAAGUCGGCAGCGAAGAACAGCCACUUUGAGGAAUAUCCUGAAAUGCAUGUGUUUCCUGGCUCCAAGACUCUCGGGCGCAACGCGGGCCAGUCCGCGAAGACAUUCCGCAAAAACAUCGGUACUGUUCACUACACAGCAGCUACAAGUAAGCUAGAGCGUUUGGCCGGACAACCAAAGGCUCGCCGAAGACCAAGUGUACAUUCCCUGGUGACGCAAUCAAUCGUGAACCUUGAUGACCAGCGAGAACGUGAACUGAUGGAGGAUGCAGAGCGGAGAGAGGCCGAGGAGAAGGAAAGACGCGAGCGGGAACGUGUUGCUAUCCUGAACAAUGAAAACAAGGCAACCAAACAAACUGGAAAGUUCAGGAAGACCACAAAGGCUUCCAAGUUCUUCCUAUCUCGCAAACGCACCUCGAAACCAAAGUCGGGGACACAGAAGUCCCUGUUGAGUCGGAUGCAUACCAAGUUCUUCACCUCGCGCAGGAAGUCCCUGAGGCACAUCUAUGACCUACCGGAAGUAUCCUCUCUGGAAUCGUGUAGCUUGACCUCGGAUUACGAGACGCCUUCGCAGAAGAUGCAGAACUUUGCAGCCACUCCUCUAAUCUGUCCGACCUCGGAUACUAAGAAACGACCCAAACCGCGGAUAUAUCCGCGAGUAAAGACACUCAAAAAGACCGGGAGCGUCAGACGAAAACCGAGAUCGAAGCGGACCUUUCCUACCGGUUAG